AUGUUUGAUCUUUACUGUGAAGGAUUGAUUACUGCUAACUCAGAUAGCUUAGAGACCAUAAGAAGAAUCGAAAGUGGUAGACAAAGGGUAGAAAGAGAGUUCAAGGAGUCUAAGUUGAACGACCUUAAGAAUCGAAAGGGAUAUAUUAGUCCCAACUGCCUCUCGGAAUACAUGAGAUCAAACUAA